ACUUCCUGUCAUUGUACUUCCUGGAUUCCUGAAUAAGUAACAUUUUAACAUCACCCAGUUGGUACCUUCACUGUCCAUGAUUUUCCUUUUUAGAUAUCAUCGUCACCAUCGCCAGAACCAGAAUCAAUGGCUUUCAGAAAGGCAGUGAAAGGAACCCUAAUAGGGGGCGGAGCUGUAGCAACAGCCUUCGGCCUGUCACAGUUCUUUGAAUACAGGAAGAAUCAGCCUAAAUGGGCUCGGCUAGCAUAUGCUGAAGCACAGGGUGAGCUAAAUGUGCCAUAUAAAGAUGCCCUCCCAACAAGAGAGGAGCAGCUUUCAACACUGCGAAACACAGAGGAGUUUGAUGUUUUGGUGGUGGGGGGCGGAGCCACGGGCUCAGGAUGUGCCUUAGACGCUGUCACGAGGAACCUGAAGACCGCCCUGGUAGAACGGAGCGAUUUUUCAUCUGGCACCAGCAGCAGAAGCACCAAGCUCAUUCACGGCGGAGUCCGCUAUCUGCAGAAAGCCAUCAUGAAACUAGAUUACGAGCAGUACAUGAUGGUGAAAGAAGCCCUUCAUGAACGUGCCAAUCUGCUGAACAUCGCUCCCCACCUGUCUGCACCUUUACCCAUAAUGCUUCCUGUUUACAAGUGGUGGCAGCUGCCGUAUUACUGGGCUGGCAUUAAAAUGUACGACCUGGUCGCCGGAUCACAGUGUCUGAAGAGCAGCUACAUCCUGAGCAAGAGCAAAGCACUGGAGCUCUUCCCAAUGCUGAAGAAAGACAAACUUGUGGGAGCCAUUGUCUACUAUGAUGGGCAACACAAUGACGCCCGGAUGAACCUGGCCAUCAGUCUUACAGCGGCCCGCCAUGGUGCUGCUAUUGCUAACUACACCGAGGUGGUUCAUCUGCUAAAGAAACCAGACCCAAAAUCAGGCCAAGAGAAAGUUUGUGGAGCGCACUGCCGUGACAUUAUUACAGGGCAGGAGUUUGACAUUCGUGCCAAAUGUGUCAUUAACGCUACCGGCCCCUUCACUGACUCACUGCGCAAAAUGGACAGCCAGAAAACUGCCAACAUCUGCCAGCCUAGUGCUGGGGUGCACAUUGUAAUCCCUGGAUAUUACAGCCCAGAUAACAUGGGGCUGUUAGACCCUGCCACCAGUGAUGGCCGUGUCAUAUUCUUCCUGCCCUGGGAGAAGAUGACUAUCGCCGGCACAACAGAUACGCCCACUGAAGUCACCGCCCAUCCAAUCCCUGUGGAAGAUGACAUAAACUUUAUCCUGAGCGAAGUACGAAAUUAUCUCAGCCCUGACGUAGAAGUGCGACGAGGGGAUGUCCUGGCGGCCUGGAGUGGCAUUCGUCCGCUGGUCACCGACCCCAACUCCAAAGACACACAGUCCAUCUGUCGAAACCACAUCGUCAACAUCAGCGACAGCGGACUCGUCACCAUCGCUGGUGGGAAGUGGACAACUUAUCGUUCUAUGGCUGAGGAGACCCUUGACGCAGCCAUAAAGGCUCAUAACCUCUCAGCUGGUCCCAGCAGGACGGUCGGUCUGAUGCUGGAUGGUGGGAAGGACUGGACCCCCACCCUGUACAUUCGCUUGGUUCAAGACUACGGCUUGGAAAACGAGGUUGCUCAGCACCUGGCAGCCACCUAUGGAGGAAGAUCAUUUGAAGUGGCCAAAAUGGCUAAGGUGACGGGCAAGAGAUGGCCUAUAGUGGGUAAACGCCUUGUGUCUGAGUUUCCCUACAUAGAGAGUGAGGUGCAGUAUGCUAUAAAGGAGUAUGCGUGUACAGCCAUCGAUGUGAUUGCUCGCCGAACUCGGCUGGGCUUUCUGAACGUCCAGGCUGCGGACGAGGCUCUGCCGCGGAUCGUUGAGAUCAUGGGCAAAGAACUUCAGUGGACUGAGCAAAAAAAGAACGAAGAGUUGGAGGCAGCAAAGAAGUUCCUGCACCUGGAGAUGGGUUAUAAAGCUCGCUCUGAGCAGCUCAGCAAGACAACAGAGAUCUCCCUCACAGCCCAAGAGAUAGCGAGGUAUAAGAAGCGCUUUUACAAAUUUGAUAAGGAGAGUAAAGGCUUUAUCACAACAGUGGAUGUCCAGCAAGUCCUAGAGAAACUCAGCAUUCAUAUAGAUGAGAAUGCCCUCCAUGAGAUCCUCAACGAGGUGGACCUCAACAAAAACGGACAGGUGGAACUGGAUGAGUUCUUACAGCUCAUGUGUGCGGUCCAGAGAGGCCAAAUCUCUGACAGUCGUCUGGCUAUCUUGAUGAAGACGGCCGAGGAGGGCUUGGAUCUGAGAGGACCUGUCUCAGUUGACCGCAGUGGAGGCGGCGUUUGAAUCCCAACUACAAACCAGAACAUUCACCAGACAACAGCUCUCACCACAAAGUUGGAUAAACAGCAAAAAGUGCUGUGCCCACGCUGGUCAGAUCACAAGCACAUCCUCUCCAGCUGGCUGCCUUUGACUACAAUCUUUGUUUUUGUUUUGCUUUAGCAUGCUUAUUUACAUUUAUUUCAAUUAAAAAAGAUAUUAGAGCAGAGUAUAUUCUUUAUAAAUAUUUCAAAGCAUACUAUUCUAGAAUCUUUAUUGUUUAUCUAAUGCAUGCAGUGCCAUGUGACCUGGUAAGCACGAAUAUAUUGAUUCUCUGAGCAGCUUUAUCCAGUGAGCUUUGUGUUGUGCCAUUUUUUUUAAUGUAGAUUAUUUGCUGCUGAAUACAAUGAGGUGAGAUUUAAGGGCUCCUGGUGUCUUCUGAGAUAAAUAAUGCACUAUAUAUGAAUUUCACAGAUUUAUACUGCACUGCAUACUGCUUCAUUGUAACUGUUCUGAACUACUUUAAUGUGUUUUUGUGUUGUUGUUGUAUCUUAAUAAUUUCAAAUGUAUACAAAAUCUAUAAUUUCCCUCAUACUCUCUUGUUUUUAAUUAAUGUGAUGUGAUUAAGUAUACAGUUGUUUUACUGUUUACAGAUCAGUUAUAUUAUAAUGAAAUGUAAGGGCUCUUGUUUGAAUGUUGAACAUUUUAUACCUUAUUCAAAUUCAUGAACAAUUGGAACUCCACUUUAAUAUGUUUCCUAUACAGUCUUGCCUGUAAAAGUAAUUGAUUAUUCAUUUGUCAUGAAAUAAUAAGGGAAUAUUAUAACUGUACAUUUUUAUGUAGAGCACAGCAGGGAAUGUACUUAAUGUGCCUUGCUUCUUAAAGGGAUAGUUCACCCCAAAAUUACAAUUCUGUCAUUUACUAACCCUCAUGUAGUUCCAAACUUUCUAUGACUUACAGAUCGUAAAAGAAGAUAUUUUAAAGAAUGGUGGCAAUCAAACUAGUUUUAGUUACCAUUGACUUCCAUCAUAUGGAAAACUGAAAAGAAGCAGUGAAACAUGUCUUUAAAUGUCUUCUUUUAUGUUCUACAGUUUAAAUUUUUGGGGGAACUUUAACUUUAAAAAGACACUUAAUUAACUUUGCAUGUCGAAACGCACAGUUAGACACACUAAAAGAGUGUAAUCUUUUACUUGACUACUUAUUUUUGUGGUUUAACUUUAAGGAUACUUAAACCAUGAUGGUUUAAGAGAAAUGUGUUUUGUACAAUGAGAUUGCUCAGAAUUCAUAAUCUGUUUUGGUUUGUUAUUAUCAUGCAAUGACCUUGUUAGGGAUAUCAUGAUAUAUUUGGGUUUUUCUACGCUAAAAAAGACCAUAGAGAUUGUCAUAGAUCUUGGAGGAUCAGUGUUGAUUGACAGGUUUGAAAAAGAUGGAGAAACGAAGCAGUUCAACUAAUUUAAUGUUUUUCCUGACGGGAUGUAAUUCAGCUUGAUCCUAAUUGGAAAAAAAAUAAUCUUAUUUUAUGAUAAAAAUGUAUAAAAAAUCAAAGCCUGAGAAACACAAUUCUGUAAUUAAAUAUGUCUGGUUGCAAUCUG